AUGUUCUACACACAUGUACUUAUGAGUAAGAGAGGGCCAUUGGCCAAAAUCUGGCUUGCAGCUCACUGGGAGAAGAAACUCACGAAGGCCCAUGUGUCUGAAUGUAAUCUAGAGAUAACCAUUGAAAAAAUUAUUUCACCUAAGGUGAAAAUUGCACUUCGAACUUCAGGACACCUUCUUUUGGGAGUCGUUCGCAUCUAUAAUAGGAAGGCAAAAUACCUUUUGGCAGAUUGCAGCGAAGCGUUGCUUAAAAUGAAGAUGACGUUCCGCCCAGGACUAGUUGACCUUCCAAAAGAGAAUUUUGAAGCAACUUAUACUGCUAUCACACUGCCGGAAGAAUUUCAUGAUUUUGAAAUCCAGAAUGUGAAUGCCAUUAAUGUUUUAGAAAAAUUUGCUCAGAACCAAAGCAGACCAGAAGAAAUCACGCUUAAAGACUAUUAUCACAAUGAUUUACUUUUCCGAGCUGUGAGCUUUGGGGAGGAAUCUGAAAUUCUCAGAAGCCGUAGCUUCUUUGAUGACAACAUAUUGCUGAAUUCCAGUGGUGCUGUAAUUGAAUAUAGUUCUGGAAGCUUCAAUGGAGAAAAAUCUCUCUUCUAUGACAGUGGGGAUGGAUUUGGUGAUGAAGGGGCUACAGGAGAAAUGAUUGACAAUCUGUUGCAACAUAAUGAGAAUGUCCUGUUAGAAGAUGUGUCUUCGAACAGAGAGAUUUCCCUGCCUCCUGAGCCUCCUGAUAAUAUAGUGGAACCAGAUCACCCAGAAUGUAUACAUCUACUAGAAAAUGGAAGAACGUAUGAAACCACAUUAUCAAAUGAAGGGGAAGGAUUUACCCUUGACCCCAUUGAUGCUUCAGACAUUGCUUGGAAGAGGAAAAGCAAAAAGAGGAAAUUGCUCAUAGAUCCAGUCAAGGAGAUCAGUAGCAAAAUUAUGCAUAAACAACUUACUUCCUUUGCUGACACUCUCAUGGUUUUGGAACUUGCACCGCCUACCCAAAAACUGAUGAUGUGGAAAAAGAAGGGAGGAGUCGAUACACUUCUGUCAACUGCCACCCAGGAUCUGACUCAUAAUGAACUGAAAAUGUUGUUUACAAAAUGCUUUCUAGCCUGUGGCUUUAAACUUGGAAGAAAAUUGAUGCAGAAGGAAUCAGUAAGGGAAGAAAUGAGAGGUGGAAACAUAGAAGAGACCUCUAUGGUGAAAGAUCUAAAUUCCCAGCAAGAGUUAAAUCAACCCAAAACUUGGAAGGAUGUGAUUAAUGGUUCAAAUGGUAGCUCUCAUGAGGAUACCAAUAAAAAUAUUAGUUCUGAGCAGGAUAUUGUUUCUUUGGCUGCUGAGGAAUCCUCUUUAGUGAAUGCCAUCUCGGCACCAGAAAUUGAAAAUUGUCCAGUUGAAUUGGAGUCACUGGGAAGUGAACAAAAUGGUGAGGGGGAGAGAUGGAACCAAAGAACACGUCAGAUGUUAAACGCUUUGCAGGAAUCCAGCAAGGCAGGAAUGAAGCGCUUCAGUCUGAUGACUCUCUGCAGAAAUAGUGACCGGAAACAAGCUGCUGCCAGAUUUUAUAGCUUUCUUGUUCUGAAAAAACACCGGGCUAUUGAGCUGAGCCAGAGUGCCCCCUAUGCAGAUAUUAUAGCUACAGUGGGACCCAUGUUCCAUAAAAUAUAA